CAUUCGCUCUGAAAACUAGUCCCCCUGGCCAGUUCUCAUCACAUUCUUUAGGAGUUGCUUCCUCUAUGAUCAAAUGAUAUUCACAAUGAAUAGCAUCUAUGAACCAAUUUCCAAAUUCCUCCUCGGGCUUGCUCAAACAUCUCGAGAUCUUGACAAUGGACUAUAUCCAAAUCGGCAUCUUGAAAAACAUAGAACCACAGAACCCCACUGAACGUAACUGAAGAGGCCCAGGUAGAAGGUAGAACGACUCCAGAAUCACCGAGAGGCCUAUCAGUUCAAUGUGUACGUAGUACUACGUACACAAUCGAGAACAACCAAAACACAUGAGACUGUCCCUCUCGCCCUUGUAAGAGGUGGUUCAGUUGUACAGUUGUAUUAAAGACUGCUCUUGGCAUUAACGAGUGGUACAGAUCACUUGAAUACCACCUUUGUUUGUCCCGCUCAUCGACCCAUCAAUUCAGGGCCUGAAAGACCAUGAAGAAAGUGACGCAAGUUUUGGAGAGUCGCUGGCAAUCCGAAGGUCGGGGCGCCAAAGUGCGUCGAUCGAUUGGACGCCCGGAAUUGAGGAGCUUGGACCCGUUUCUCAUGUUGGACGAGUUCCAGGGAUCCUCCACGGAGGGUGCGGGUUUCCCGGAUCAUCCCCACCGAGGCUUCGAAACGGUCUCAUAUUUAUUGGAAGGGGAGUUCACUCAUGAGGAUUUUACGGGCCGGAAAGGCACUUUGCGACCUGGCGAUUUGCAGUGGAUGACAGCUGGACGCGGGAUCGUUCACUCAGAGAUGCCAGGACCCAUGUUAACCCGCGGUCUGCAGUUGUGGGUGAAUCUCAAGCGCGAGUUCAAGAUGGUGGAGCCCGCCUACCAAGAACACACGGCCGAUCAGAUCGUCAAAGCCGAGCAAGACGGAGUCUCAGUGAAAGUGAUCGCGGGCCAGUCCAUGGGUGUCAAAUCCCCCGUGCGAACCCGUACUCCCACUUACUUCCUGGACUUCCGACUUGAACCCCAAGCUAAAUUCACCCAAACCGUACCCAAGGAUUGGACCACGUUUGUCUACACUCUUCUGGGGGAAGUCAGUUUUGGAUCCAACCAAAAGCAAGUGAAGGCCCACCAUACGGUGGUGUUUAGCAGCGAGCAUGAGGAUGUGAGCUUUGAGAACACGGGAACGGAUUCGGCUCAUUUCGUUUUGAUUGCCGGUCAACCGAUCAAAGAGCCCGUGGUUCAACGAGGUCCCUUUGUUAUGAACACUCAAGCAGAAAUCAUGCAGGCCAUGGAAGAUUAUCAAUUGAGCAAGAACGGGUUUGAAAACGCACGCAAAUGGCAAUCCGUGGAGGGCAACAAAUAAUCGAGUGAUAUAUACAUAGUUCAUAUGCUCCUUGAGUGCAUGUGCUGUUAUUCUCAUCACAUGGUAAAAUGCAGUUAUUUCGAUAAUAAAGUGAGUUAUUAGUAAA